AUGCAGAAUGACCAACUCCAGAAUGAAUAUGAAUGGAGAAAGGCUCGCAAUAAACCAGAUAACAUCACUCUUGAUGCAGGAACAGCCCACCCCAACCUCUCCAUUUUUGGGGAUCAGAAGUGUUUUAAACAUGAAGUCCAACCUCAGAACGUUCCACCAAACCCAGAGAGAUUCGAUUCAACUGUCUGUGUGUUAGGUUCUGAAGGAUUCUCCUCUGAUAAGCACUACUGGGAGGUGGAUGUCACGAGCAGCACUGACUGGGACCUGGGAGUGGCCAGAAAAUCUAUACAGAGAAAAGGAAAGAUUUCCCUGUCCCCUAAAGAGGGAUUCUGGGCUCUGGGUCUGAGUGGGAGAGAUUAUUGGGCAAAAACAGACCCAUGGACCCGGGUCAUGGUGCAGAAAAAGCCCAAGAAAAUUGGAGUUUACGUUAGUUACCCAGAGGGGCGGGUGACUUUUUUCAAUGUAACUGAUAUGUCUGUGUUGUUCACAUUUAAUGAUUGUUCAUUCUUAGAAGAUGUUUAUCCAUUCUUUAAAAAUUCCCACAAAGAAACAACAAUGAGAGUUUGUUCAAUUAAAGAAGAGGAUUAAAUUUAAAAUGGCUGUGAUGCUCAGUUUUGUUGACCAAACUAAUCCCAAAGACCCCUGAUGCAUCAUGGCACUCUUGACCAAACCGAACCAAAGUAAGAGAAUGCUUUGCAGCCAGAUGAAAGGCAAAGUGGAAAAUCAUUGCCUGUGAAAUUAUAGUUACAUGCAUUGCUAAUGCUGCAGGGGUGGCUUCCCAUGUAACAGAUGCAACUUUACUGGAAUCUGCAAAAUUGAACUCUCACAAACAGAGCUAUUAACUAGGAAUGAACUUUUUUUUAUU